AUGAAGUACCAGGUACAGUACCGCGCGCCCUCACCACCGCCCCCGGGAGUCACCCGGACACCAGAGGAGAUUGAGGCAGAGUUGAAGAAAAUCGAGGCAGAAUAUGAGAAACUGGCUUUGGUAUUUUUCGAAUUGCCCCAGGACAUCAUGUGGACCGACCCACCAGUGAUAUGCCAGUGGCAGGAACAGAGAAAGUUAUGGACAAGCAAUUACGUCAACGAUUACAAAUUCAAUGAAGAUAAACUUACCAUACAAUUCAGGACUGGGGUUUUGUGGCCCAUUGGCAUAGCUACACUUCGUUAUGGGAACAUGCCAUAUCAAGGGUGGGACGUCAGACCUGAUCCGAAUGGGAAAGGCGUUAUAAUAACCGUUACUGGAGUCUGUAUAACGGUCACUUGGGUAUGCAUCGGUAAUACAGUUAAAUUGAAAUGGAUAGCAAACGCCACCACUUCAGCGCUGAAACAACAUUUCAAUAAACCAUACAGCGUGAAGAAAAUGAUUCAGAUAAUGCGAGAAGCGGCGUGUGACUUUUUCCCAGACUUCGAUGGCCACAGCCACGUGGAAGGUUCCUGUCCUAAAGAGUGGGUGGCGGAGAGACACAACUACCACGCAAUGGCAUUUUUAUCUAGGGCAUAUAACUUUCAAUGGAGCCGGUGGAAUGUUGGUGCCGGUAGUCGAAAUAUUAUUUUGCAGUUACGGGAAGCAGGUAAGUUUCAGCUUCUCCACGUCACACCUCAAAAGGCAACAGUACUAAAGUGUAACGAACUUUCUUCUGAAUUUACUACAGAUCCAGCAAUUGGCAUGCAGUUCUAUCCGGACUUGUUCACGUUGAACAUGUCUUAUGGCUCAGUGGAUGCACGUAGGACUACCUUCAACAUGAAAUAUCGACUUGUGGAAACGGACCUUGUUGUGUUUGUAAAAAUGAGUGCCAUAGCGCAACAGGAGAGUCUCAUUAAGGAGAGUUUAUUUCAUUUUAUUAAGAAAAACGUCCCUAGGGCCGAUUUAAGUGUUAUAGAUGAUAUUGUUUUAUCCUACGUAAUAUCGAUAUUAGAAAUUGCAUCGCAGGACUCCUGCUUCGACGUAGAAGGAUUCAUAGAAUUUAUGUCGGCGUACAUUCCUGAGUUUGAACAAAUCAACACUGAAGUAGUAUGUGCUUGGGUUCUGGAAUUGGAGGCUGAAAUCUCUCGACGUGAUGAGAGUGACACUAAUUCUACUCAUGAUGACUCGGCUGGGAGUGACAAGAUAAGCUUGACACUGUUGAAUUUAAGUGACAUGCUCCCACCAGUUAGCAAGGCCAAUCGUUCGCAUUCGAACUCGGAGAGCUCCGAAUGCGCGGAACGCCGUCCGCCGAUAGAGGCGACGUACACCGAGGAAUAUGCGGACCAGUGUCGCGUCCUGACGGAAAUGUUCCCUAACACCUGCGCUAUGGAGAUAAAGCACUGCGUAUCAAUCGCUUGCGGCGAUCCCGAACGAGCAGCCGCGACGCUGUUACACCGUCGCGAGCAAGGGCAGGCUCUGUCCGCAGCGGCGUUACAUUCUGCUGCAAAGCAACCGCUCUGCGACGACCACGAGAUCAAGAAUAGGAUCAUUGCAAGAUACUCUUACGUGGAUAAAGACGCAGAGACCAAGGAGCACAAGCCCCUGGCCCCCAAAAUCGAGCCGAAGAAAAUGGUCCGCUAUAGAGACAAUAAGAUUGUCUCGUUGAAGGGCGAGAGGUACACUGAGGUGCCGAAGUCCGGUAUCGACGAAGAACACUUAAAGAAACCUAAAAAACAGCACUGCCCUUAA